CAUCCACACCUAUGUUUGGAGGCAGGAAAGCCACCAAGUUGGCACCAACUGAUCAAGAGGAACUCAGGAAGCGCUUAGCUGAACAAGGGCCAUGGCUACAAAUCCUAUGCUUCUCCGGUUGGUUUUCAGCAGCAAUCUCCUCUUCCUCCCUCUCCUCUUCGUCUUCAUCACGCCCAUGUGUGUGGGGUGCAAUGCCAUUGAGAAUCAUUAUGCCAUAGAAAUGAGCAAUCGUCGGGAGCUUCAAGAGCAGCGAAGCUCGCUGAAGAUAGUUCACGAAGGAAUCUUUACGUAUCUUGGAGACAUCCUCUCUUCAAGCGACCGAUCUCCUAACACCAGCGUUCUUAUCGAUGCAAUGGUGCUUUCAUUAGAUGAAAGGACUGUCUACUAUGUUGAGAAAACAGAGACGAUGGUCAACUCCACGCGAAGUCAAACUUCGGUUGUUAAGAAGGCAGAGCGAUUGCUGAACCUGAGUCAGGGGGUGGACUAUAACAUCUCAUAUGUUGCGGGACCGUGGCUAAAUGCAACGAAUAACAAAUCAACCAUUGUGCAAGGCCUGUUGAUGCUUGACUCCGUCCAUUUGAUUAUUUCAGAUAAGCUGAACUCGCUCUUGCGCAGGUUUGAUGUCACUCAAGGGAAACAGGUGGGAUCUAGGGAGAUGCUAUUUCCCCUGCAAAUGGCCAAGCACCCGACGCAGGAAGCCUUCUUCGUGUCAUCGAGUGACCGCAUCAUAAAGGUCCCUUUAACGCGACCGGAGGAGUGGAACGAAUUUAUCGUCAUUUCCGGUCCAGCCGACCUUCAGAAAGGAGAUUUCGUAGAUAGUCAGAAUAAGUCUGAGGUUCGGUUUUGCGCUCCUCAUAUAGGGCCGCAAGCUGUUUCGCAAGAUGGAGGACUCAUGUACGUCGCCGACUACUGGAACAAUGCAGUUCGACAGGUCGAUCUCCUUCGAGGGGCCACGGACACAAUUUCUGCCAGUGGACCCAAGAAUACUGGCCUUAUUCCCGAAGGGGGAUUCCAAAACCCCAACGGUGUGGUUUUGACUGCCGACGGGUGCAACCUGUUCGUGUCUGAUCGAAACAGUGGAAGAAUCCAUUGGCUAAAAUUUGACAAACCCGGGGGGAACGUAACAGAGCUCAAGACAGUUGCAGUUUUACUGAAGCCGAACGGAUCUCCAGAGCUGAUUACGUCUCCGUGCCUUUCAAAAGAUGAGCAAUACUUGUUCUUCGGCAGCGGGGAUGGUCAGAUCCUAAAACUUCAGCUGAACAUCACUGCUGUUCACGGAUGCGCAAUGGCACCACCACCUGGAGGUAAAACCCGAACUUCCCACGGUGACAAUCUCGGGCUGGUCUUGCAGAUAUCGUUAGGAGUACUAGGCUUUCUCAUCGGUGCACUGGCAUGCACGUUCUGCGUUUGCUUUUGCUUCCGAAGGCACUCGAGACUGACAGUGCGUCAAAAAGACCGUACUAGAAAUACCAGCACAAACACUCCACAAGGCACAGGUAGCAGUGACCAGAAGAGUCUUUCUACUAGUACGUCGUCGCAUGGCUUAAGUACUCACAAGUUUUCUGAAUCAUCAUCGGAGUCAGCAACGAACGUUAUCAGGGAGUUUCCGCUGUCGGUGGUGCAAGCAGCAGUCGAGAAAGGGACUUGCUUGACUGGGAAGGGGGGGGGAUAUGGCGAUGUGUACAGAGCAUCACUGGAGGUGGGAAGGAAGACCGUCGACGUUGCCAUUAAGGUAAUGAGAGGGGAAUUAAACGAGAUCAAACACAGGCAAUUCAGGGCAGAACUGAAUGCUCUCUCCAAUGUGCGUCAUAAGAACCUGUGCAAAUUGUUGGGGUUCUGCGCCGAGGAGGGGAAGUGUAUUCUCGUCUACCCGUUCAUCGAAGGUGGCUCCCUCCAUGAUCGCUUGCAUGACCAUCGCAGACAGCCUAAACCGUCGUCGGAUGAGCAAGGAAAGGAGACCUCCGAUGAGAGACUUCCCCCCCCCGAUUGGCAGGAGCGGAUGCUGAUCGCCAAACAAAUCGCAACUUGUUUGCGUUAUCUGCACUCUGAAUUGGAGCAGCCCAUUGUACACCGCGACGUCAAGUGUAGGAAUAUCCUAGUCCAGGGGAGGGGAAAGUCGGUCCAGGCGUUUCUGUGCGACUUCGGACUUGCUAAACCGAGGACCGAGGACGAGUAUGAUGGCCAUACUUUCACUGGCAAUACAACCGUGGACACGCUGACAACGGCUGGCACUCCUGGCUACAUGCCUCCAGAAUAUAUCUUUGAGUCAAGACUUACGAUGUCCAGUGAUGUUUUCGCUUUUGGUGUGGUACUGCUCGAACUUGUCACAGGACAGUUGCCGAUUUCUCGACUAGAGGACGGCAGUGUCGUGCUGCUCAGCAGAUGCGCGAGGCAAUCGGCAGCCGACACAUUGAUAGAUUCAAGCAUACAAAGCUCCUUAACGCCUAGUGAGGGGAAGAUGGCGAGUGAUGUCAUGAAGCUCGGUCUCCAGUGCACAGACGAGCUGGCAAGGAAGAGACCUUCCAUGAAGGAUGUAGUGUUUGAACUCGAAGUCAUCAUGAAAAGCCAUUGAAAGGAAUUGUCCGGAAAGAGAGAGUGUGCUCUCCGAUGCGGACAGGUUGAGCGGGUGAAUGGUGGGCUACUUUGCGU